UUUACAAAUACAAUAAUUAUUUUCGAAAUUAUGGCAAAUUUUGGGUACGUCUGAAAAUUGUGCAACGCGUCACUUCACUAAACGAGAAACUUUCCACCAGUGUUCCGACUUGUGCUGGUUUUACCUCAAAUUUUAAGUAUGCAAGCGGAUAAGAUGUUAAAAGUCAGGCAAAUGCCGCCCAACGAUAAGCAAGUGACUGAGAAUCUCAAGAAUCUUAAAGCGAAAGCCGAAGUAGCCGUGCAAAAUCUUAAACGUUGCUGUUACAAGCCGAUCGAGUGCACGCAUCUCACACUCGAAGGAUACGAGUAUUGCUUGAGACACAUUCUGAGUGACAAAAAUGCACCGUACAAGCAGUGUGCGUUUAUUUAUGCCGCAAAUGGGAAGCGGUGUCAUCUACCUUGUCCCCGCGAUAAAAAAGAUCCUGGCUACUGCAAUGAACAUGCCUUAAAAACUCAACUGCAAAACUGGAAACGGAACAGUCAUAAUCAGCCACCUCGUACCGCCGAAGUAUUACUCCAUUCAUUAGUACAUUACAUUCACAAACCGAAGGCCCACACUUCGUCCACAAAUGAAGAUACCAUAAUCGUCGAUGACGUCGAUAGUAGAACAACAAAAAGUUUAAACCCGUUCACUGACAUAAACGUUAAUGGAAUUUUAUCUUCGGGCAGCCAAAUUUUGGACAUGUGCAGUGAUUCCGAAAGUGACGUGGACGCGACAUCUUUCGGCUCGAUUUGGCACGACAUACAAGCGGAAAGUUCGGAUAAUGACAGUAUCGAUUCCGAGCAGGAAGACGUCUUGAAACACGCGAGGUUGUAUACUGCCGAAGAGAUUUGUUUGAUUACGAGGGAUAAGUUAAUGCGACUACAAAAUCUUUAUUCCGAACAGUACCGAUACUUACAUCAUUCACUUCGAGAGAGAAGGCGGCGAUAUCUCCAUGCGGUAAAGCGAGAAAAAGAAUCUCAUUGUAACAUCGCAAAUCAAGUGCACGAGACUACCAAAGAACGUCGAUUAUAUAAGAAGUUAAAGGCAUAUAAUAGCUAUCAUAAAAGACAUGGAAGUGAUGCUAUUUGCAACAAACGGUUAAACGAACGUAGGCUCAAGAUUACGGAAGGUGUCACACCAAAAACUCACGUGUUUACUAAAUGUGUUUAUACUGAAGGUGGUGUCAAAUGUGGUUCACGAGCACUUCCUGUCACCAGACAUUGUCGCAAACACAUUCUCGAGGACACAAAUCAAAUUUUAUUCCGGUCGUGUGGAAAGAUUCAAAACGAAAUUGAAUGCCAAACUGCAGUCGAAGGGAUUUUUGACAACACCACGUGCAGAUUACACACUGACAUUCCCGAGGUUCGUUCAUAUGCAAAUGCAAGGAUGAUAAAAAACUUAAAAGACUCCGAAUCCGACUAUGAUGAAUCUUUGGACGCGCCAACGGUUACCCAACCUUCUAUCAAAACGGAAGUAGAAGAGCCAAAACCCAGUAUUACUGAUGACACAAAUAUGGUCUCAGCAACACCCAUUUUUGGUGACGGAAAUCUUGUAAAGGAUUUAGGUGUAGUUGAACCGAUGGACAUUACACAAGAAUUGUCUCCCAAACAGGAACCGCAACCAACAAUACCCGACGAAGCAAUGGUGACGAAGGAGGAAACGUCCUAGAAAGUGAUGUUGUAGAAUCCAGAUGAUUCCAGAUUAUUGAUAUUUGUUGUACUUUUGCAUUCUAAUUAAUAAUUGUUAUUUAUUGAGCAAUACAUGCAUUACUGUCUUA